AUGCCUGCCGAAGUCUCCGAUAUCAAGCAGUUCAUUGAGAUCUGCCGCCGGAAGGAUGCCUCCUCCGCCCGCAUCAAGAAGAACGGCAAGACCCAGCAGACCAAGUUCAAGGUCCGCUGCCACCGCAACCUUUACACUCUUGUCCUGAAGGACUCCGACAAGGCCGACAAGCUCAAGCAGAGCCUGCCCCCUGCCCUCAAGGUCGUCGAUGUCUCCAAGGGCACCAAGAAGACCAACUAA